AUGUUUUCGGAUAGCCACCCCAGCUAAGCAGAAGGCAACAACAACUUGUCUUCCUAGCUAGCCCACCAAUGAAGCUGCAUAAAAAGCCCCUCCCACAAGUCUCCCUUUUCUCUCAAUUUGCACUGCGUUUUAUGAUUUGUAUUCCACUUCUUCCAGUUCUGCAGUGUAUUCACUUCAAUUGAGAAGUUGUGCUGAAAAACUAAUUUAAAGACAGAGAAGAAGAAGGAAGAGUUUACGCAGUUAUGGCAAAAAUGGUUUCUAGAACAGUCGAUCUCCGGUCUGACACAGUCACCAAACCGACUGAAGCGAUGCGGGCUGCUAUGGCAGUUGCUGAUGUUGACGAUGAUGUUUUGGGCUAUGACCCAUCUGCUUUACGGUUGGAAACAGAAAUGGCAAGGAUCACGGGCAAGGAGGCUGCCCUGUUCGUUCCCUCGGGCACAAUGGGCAACCUCAUCAGUGUGCUUGUUCAUUGUGAUUUAAGGGGAAGUGAAGUCAUUCUUGGAGACAACUCCCAUAUCCAUAUUUAUGAGAAUGGCGGCAUUUCAACAAUUGGAGGUGUACAUCCAAGGACUGUGAAGAACAACCAAGAUGGAACAAUGGAUAUUGAUUUGAUUGAAGCUGCCAUUAGAGAUCCCAGAGGGGUUCUUGUGUACCCUACUACAAGGCUUAUCUGCUUGGAGAAUUCACAUGCAAACUCUGGUGGUACAUGUCUCUCUGUGGAAUAUACAGACAAAGUUGGAGAGCUAGCUAAGAAGCAUGGUUUGAAGCUUCAUAUUGAUGGCGCCCGCAUUUUCAAUGCAUCAGUUGCACUUGGCAUUCCUGUUCAUCGGCUGGUGCAAGCUGCUGACUCUGUUUCGGUAUGUCUAUCAAAAGGUCUGGGUGCUCCAGUUGGAUCUGUUAUUGUCGGUUCCAAAAGCUUUAUUGCCAAGGCUAAGAUACUCCGGAAAACCUUAGGUGGUGGGAUGAGACAGGUUGGAAUCCUUUGUGCUGCUGCUUUUGUAGCUGUACAAGAGAAUGUUGGAAAGCUUGAGGGUGAUCACAGGAAUGCUAAGAUCUUAGCAGAAGGGUUGAAUCAAAUGAAAGGAGUAAGAAUUGAUGUUGCUUCAGUGGAGACGAAUAUCAUAUAUUUUGAGAUAGACGAGAGCUCAAAGCUUACAGCAGAAGAACUAUGCAACUACUUGGAAGAACAUGGUAUACGUGUGAUGCAAGAGAGCUCAUCAAGAGUCAGGAUCGUCCUCCACCAUCAAAUUUCUGAAAGUGAUGUGCAAUACACCUUGUCAUGCUUUCAGCAAGCUCUAACUGGAGUGCAAGUUCAAAAUGGCAUCUAGUUGAAGAAAUGUUCAUCACUCUACCUCCCCUUAACAAGUCCAUAGGUUUUCACAGAGACCCUUAAAUGUCAGGGACACCAGAAAUAAUAAUUGGAUCAUCUUGGCAAUGUCUUAACUGGGAUGAUUUAUUUUUAAAUUGCAUCAAACUAGUGAAAUAUGUUAGUUUACUUCCGAGCUCCCGUGUAUAACCCGUCAUAUUAUAUUACUUUCCAGAGUAAUGUUAUCAUUCACGUCUAUUUUACACC